UAUAAGGGUAUUUAUAAAAAAAAUAUUUUCAUUGAAAAAGUAACAAAGGAAACAUUUAAAUAACGAUUAAAAUAAAGAUUUGUGGUGAUCUUUUGAUCAUCACAAAUCCUUAUUUACAUUUUUCUCCAAUCCAAGUUAAUUGUGGAAUACCUGAAAUACCGAAUGAUGAAAUUCAUUCACUGCAAAGAUAUAGAAAAUAAAAACAGAGCUGGGUCACUUUGUUGUAUAUCAAAGGGUUAAGCUGAAAGAAUAACACUUGUUUGUGACUUACUAUUUAACUCCACCCAGGCUUUAUAUAAUCAAACACUUCAAAGGAUUCAUUAGGGCAAAGAAUUCCUUGUUGGCAGUUUGCUUUGAUGUCACAGUGUCAGUGGUCAUAGAUUCCUUUGAUGUCUUAGACUGUUGCUAAAGGAAACGUUUUAUACGAUCUGACGAGAAACAAGUGUUUUUGCCCUGAACAGAUUUAUUAGUCUGUACGCAGUGAGAGUGAUAUCACCACUUAUUUACCAAAAGGAGGUAAGCCUCGUUUUACAACAUUAAUUUGAUUUACAUAAAAUGUUCAACAAUUGGUCUUCACUUGAUGGCGUGGACCAUAGUGCGUGAUUAGUGGGCGUGGUCCAGUGCCGCAGGACAUACGCAGGAAAUGUUUAUCCUUCCAGCGAUGCGAAAAAAAACACGCAACACGGAGCCAUUUCGCAUGGUCCCUGUUUGCCCUCCCUGCGGCUGCAUCAGGGCCCGAGAUCACAAGUGCUCUGGCCCACACAGUGCUGCUCGCAGCCCCAGUGCAAACUGAAUUUCUAUGAAGUAAACCUGAAACCCAAACAAAUGGACAGAUCUUUUAGGCUCUGGUUAGGGAUGACUUUUGAAAGAUUUUUUUUAAAUUAGGAUAUUUAUACUGAUAAAAAAGCCUUAUGGGCAAUGCAGUUAUAUGAAUGGUGCCUUUGGCUGCAUUAACCUGUUCACUGUUUCCUCUUAUAAGUGUCUGGGUGUUAAACUCUCAACCGCUUUAUUGCUCUGGCCUGGUGAUAGACAAUUUAAAAAAGGCACAUCGGUCUAUUAAACGUAAUAAAUGGUUAUAUAUUGAAUAUAGAUCCAAAGCAUUUAAAAUGAAAUCUUUAACACUACAUAGACUAUGAUGAAACAAUCUGUAAAGAGUAAAUGUAGGAUUUGCAUUCACACAACCACCCUGUAAACUAAACUACUUUUCAGAUGACUAGAAUACAUUCUAUUCAGAACCUACACCGAGACAAAAUUAACAACACUGCAUGUGCUAUUGCUUUGUUUAGCUGUAGCAGUUUACAAUCACAACUUUUAAUAUAGAUCACAUGACGUAUGUACUGUAGUUAUUUUUUUGUACAUUAGAUUCCAUAGCAGUUUUCUACUUUGACUUUUGAUUUAAAGAAGAUUCAUUACCACAUAUAUUUGAAUCAUUAGUAAUGGUGUCCUGUCAGGGAAAUUAUCCCCUUUAGGUAUUUAAUUUAUUUCUAUUGUUAUGUAAUGAUAGUUUAGUUGACAACAUAACACACUUAACGACAGUAUACAUUUCUGUGUAAUUUGAAUCAUGUUUAUUGUGAUUGAUUUUGGUUGAAUGAUAUUCAUUGUUUCAGUGGAUACAUCAGAAUAGUCACUGAUGUAUACAACGCUAACUCCUGUAACCCUAAACAGAGUAUGUGCAUCUGCUGAGUGCUGUUAAUGUUUUUCAUUUUAGGGCAAAGGUCAAACCAUUGUAUGGGCUCGGUCACACAUAUGCAAAUCCGAAUAGAGUAUUGCGGGUCAGAGUUCACCAGAGUUGAGUUUCACACAGUCACUCUGGGAUUUGCCCCGCCACAGGAAGUGAAUGCAUUCGCCUCCUCACUUGCACAGAUUGAGGCGAAGGUUUGCCACUGAUAUAAUCGCAUAUGUGUGACCGGGCCUUAAUGGUCAACACACCGGAGCUUUAGGAUCACAUGGACAUCAGUGUCUAAGAUUAUUGUCUGUGCUAGUUCAGGAGCAGUACAGGAGCUGCUUUCAAAAACUCUUCCAAUUAAUGCGGCCGCAUCUGAUGAAACAAGAUAAUCAACUGCUAAAAACUUGUAUAAAUUAUAAUAUACAGCCCACACAUACUCCUCCUUGUCCCUACUUGUAUAUUAACUUACAUGAGCUAGACUGCUGUUUAAAAAGCAGACGAGAUUCUCACUAAAUUUCCCCAUUGCACAUUGUCAUAAGUUGUGCAGGGAUGUCUAUCGGUUAAGACCCGUUUCUCCUUGUGGUCUGGUUUGGUUUGAAUGGAAAUGUUGGUUUGAUAAACUUGGAUCAGUGGGUUUAACUGGGAAGCAUAAAUCUGAGCAGAGCUGUUUAUUAACAAAGAAUGUGUGGAAUCAUCAUUACAGUGUAAUACUCCUGUAGCCCUCUAAUGGUGUCUUUCAUGUAAAAUAUAUUCCAGAUGGUAUUAAUUCAUUCAUUGAACCACAUUUGUCUGUGUCUGCUGUUUGUAUACGACAACACUUUAUUGAGUUGUGUCAGUUUAAGAUACACUUGAGCAUUAUCCUGUCUGUUGUUAUGCAGAAUGAGCUCCACAGAGUUAACAAUGGUCAGAUUAGUCAGGGGCAAGAACAACUGAGUUUGUAGAAACACUCAGGAGAAGCUUAGUCACUCCUGAAAUAAACAGCCCCAGUGAUGGCAUCAUCAGAUGAGGAUCUUACACAUGUGUAACAAGGAGCUUAUGUUGUAUGAUCACAUCCAGACCAUCUCUACAUCUUGGGGCCCUCAGCAAAAUACAGGAUAAGUUUAAAGCACUGUCUAAAUCUUUAUAAUUAAAUCAUACAUAUGAUUGAUUUCUUUAAACAAACAUUUAAUACAUUUUUGUCCUGUAGUCACAUGCAAUGUAGUUUGUGUUCAAUUUUCACCAUGAGACCUUAGUGACAGGUGGGACCAACACAUGUCAACAACUUUAUAAAAGUGCUUAAUUUAAAAAACAAACAUUUUGUCGCUUGAUAUAUUUCAAUAUAUUUACAUGAAUUCACAUUACUUUUUUUCACCGUCAAACCUGGAAAUAGUUCAGUCACUUAGGGAGGCUGCGUUACAUACGUACUAAUGUCAUUUUUUGCAGUUUUGGAUCAAACCUACAUGGUGAUCCUCAUUAGUGGCCCUAUCACACCACUAAUGAUUACAUCAUUAGCAACUCUAAUUCAGUGAAUGAUGACUUUGGGGUCCCCCUGGUGGCUGCAGAGCUCUUAGCAGCUGCCUAGUUGGCUCAUAGGAAGGGCCGGCUCAGAUCCAUACCAGUGUAUUUACCAAACCUAAUAGUCUACCUUACCACUUAUAUCCAAUAAAACAUACACACCCCACUGAGGUUACAUGUUUCUGCUAAGCAAUAUUGCCACUGUUAAAAACAUUGUCACGUCCUGAUUUUCUAAUUUACUUUUAAGUUCAAUAUUUUUCACAAUCCUCUCAAUACAGUGUUAUAUUUUAACAUGCCAGUUCUUCUUAACCAAUUUGCCUUCAUGUCUAUCCAACUACAAGAACAUUUAGUGUAUAUAAAGGUUUACGGUUUAAAUAAAUCUUAAAUUCCUCUAAAGGUUACAUGGCACCAAAUGUGUUUGAGUUUGAAGGAAACAUCCAUUAAAUGGGGUUUCCUUUAAUCCAGUAUUUCACUUUGAUAUUCGAUCAAGUGCUGCAAGAUGCAGAUAAAUGUAAAUAUAUGUAGAUGUCAGAUAUUAAGCUGUGUGUAACAAAUGAUUGAAGUGAUUUUCAGGUCAAUUAAGGGACAAAUAUCCUGGAAACGUUAAGGUUCAUAUAUAAUCAAAUUGGCAAUAAGCCUUGACAUUCUACACACUGACUACUAUAAGUCCAGCCCCUUUAGGACAAGAAUGAAACUGAUUGCAUUACAGUGGCAGCUCUGUGAUAAGGUUUGCACUGUUGUAUUUGGCUUCUCAGGUUUCACGGCGAAUCCUGUAUCCUGUAGCGUGUUUUUCUACAGGAGUAGAAAAACAAAGUCAACACAUCUGCAGCGGAGCGCUAGAGAAAGAAUUAUAAUUUCGGAAGAAUGAACAACAGCCUCCAGCAGGAAGUUAUAGCCACCCAGGAAACAGAGUUUGCCGGUUCAACCCAGAGCAAACAGAAGAUGAUCAUCCACUUCACCAGCGGUGAAACCAUGGAGGUACAAGACAGUGUUGAGGAAGAGGAGCAGCCCUCAAACAGCCCUCCGUUCAGAGAACCCACGGACAGGAAUUGGUUCUCAUUCAAGAAUGUGGCCAUUCUAGUUGGGAGGAUUUCACUGCAUGCUUGUGAUUUCCUUGGAGAGAGACUAGCCAGUGCACUUGGACUGAAUGCACCCAAAUACCAGUCUCUUAUAGAUCAAUAUCAGCAUGAUCACAAGGAACCGAGCAGCCAGGCCUCCGGCGGCCUCAAGCAGGGACAAGGAGAGAUGACCCGCUUCUCUCAAAUGGAUGGGAGUCAAUACGGAGCUACAGGACACAUAAGUAGGCCGGCUGAUCUCCAGGGGAGCCAUGAUGAGAAACACAUGAGCAGCAAAGAUGGAUACCACAACAGAAGCUAUCAGGCAAAUGAGGAUUAUUUGAAAUAAAAGAAAAAGAAACAAAGAAA